AUGGAAGGAAGAAACCUUCACGGCGGAAACCACCGGAAGGAAAGAAAAGCUUCACCGGCAGGAAGCGAGGAAAACCCUCACGGUAGGAGGGACUUUGACCUAAAGAAGAGGUGGAGGACGUUAGGGUUCUGCAAAUUAGCGGUGAGAGGACGGUGGAAAAGGAAGACAAGAAUGAUAAAUGGCAUCGGAUUGAGAGAGGAGAGGCAAAUUUCUCAGGAGCUUCUAUUUACCGAAAAUGCUAAAACUGAUGAAGUGAAGGCAACUAUGGAGAAUGGUGUUCUUACUGUAACUGUUCCUAAGCAGGAGGUGAAGAAACCUGAGGCCAAGACUAUUAAAAUCACUGGCUGA